CAUGUCGCCAGUUUCCGUCAGUUACGUAUUUGUCAUGUAUAGUGUAACGUGUCUUUCGACGCCCUUGGGUUGAGUUGGUCUUUGCAACUCUUGAACAGUGGGUGUGAUACAAAGAUUUCAUAUUGCAACAGUUUCAGCGUACCUCAGUCUGCACGAGAACAAGUUCGCAGUGAAGGAUGUCCCUCUACCCAAGCUUGCCCGAGGACGCCCCAACGCCUAAUUAUGCCAAGCUUGCAGAGAACCCACACUCCCUCCUUCCUGCGUGUUCGGUGUGCUAUGACGAAUUCUGUGAGAAGCGUCCCCCAAAGUACCUUUCCUGCCAUCAUACCUUCUGUAAGGAGUGCAUUCAUCAACUGCUGCGCGGAGGCAAGGUGGAAUGCCCGCUGUGUCGCAAGGUGACGCGAGCGAUGUCUGCCGAAAAGUUGCAGACUAAUAAUGAUGUACUAACGAUGGUCAAAUACGGGGAUAUUGUCAGUAGCCUAUGGUGCCACGACUGCCAGAGUGUUCCAAAGCCCAGCUGUGCAACACAUCGCGUCGACAACCGCUCACCAGUCUCUGCAGUGACGAUAGGACAGCAGCUGGACAGCACGCUAGAAUCGUGGAAGCCGACCUUCACAAGGGUGGUGGAAACCGCACACGGCUGGUCCCUGGUGGCAGUCGACGCCACCUACUCCACCGCCGUGUCUAUCAGUGACAUGGUGACUCCUCUUGUGACCUACGUCAUCGACCGGAUCAGCUGCUUUAUCAAUUCAUGAUUUAGUAGACUUUGAUUUUUUAUUGAUAUAUAUAUAUUUACACGUACGUGUGUUCAUACACACAUUAGGUAAUGUAUCAUUUUCCUCUGGAUGUGUUACUCUGCUUCCUCAAAUGUUUUCUGUGAAUGUGUUAAGUUAAGUAUUAAGCAUAGCUAUUUUCCAGCUUCUAAAGCUGAAGUUGUUAUAUUUAGUCUUUUGUAAUUGGAGAAUGGUAUAGAUAGUGUGCGUUAUGUCAAAACAUUAGGCACUGAAGAUCAUGCAUUCUGUAUAUAAUAUAGAAUAAUCCUGUGAAUAAAGAAAAAGAAAAAAAGUUUGUAUAAUCUUUUCC